AUGACGGCAAAGAAUCAUGAAGACACCAAGCCGGCAAUAGUAUCGCAGACGUCUGUAUCUGAAGGCAACUCCAAGAAAGUUCGUGAACUGUACUUAGGUCUCGAGACGAGACUGCUAUCCCGUGAUUGCGACGGAAAUUUAGGCUCGAUAUCCUUUGAUGAAGAGAAAGGGAUACUGCGUUUCGAAAUGUCACCUGAAAGUGUCGGCAAGAAGAGGAAAAAUGAGGAAUUGGAAAUAUCGUUGACCAAGGUUGACAAAGUGAGAGAUAUUCAGGACAUCAUAAAGGAUUGCGCAAGGAUUAGACUGCGAGAAUUGAAUCGCCUCGAUCAAGAUUGUGAUGCCAUGCGGUGUCCCACCAGACUUUUGAGGACCUCUGUGAAUAUCAAGCAAUGCGAAGCUCGGGAACUGAUAUCUCAGUUGGAGGAGGACGUGGACAAGGUCAAGGAGCGCAAGAAGGUUCUCUAUCAGAAGAUCCGACUUCUCAUCAAUGCUAAACGUGCGAAGUUGAACGCGCUGAAGAGGGAAGCUACUAGUUCAAACACUUAA